AUGGUCGUCUCGCUGUCCAUCAUUGGCGCUCCAGGCCUGAUCGGUCAACGACACACCCAACACGCCCUCGACGAACCGAAUGUCAACCUGACUUGUAUCGUCGACCCAACACCUGCUGGACCUCCGUAUGCCGAGAAGCUGGGUGUCAAGCUGUACCGCUCGACGGAGGACAUGCUUGCGGCGCGAACGAAAGGGGAGGUCAGGGUGGAUGCGGCGAUUCUUGCGACUCCAAAUGCCACGCACGUCCCGCUAGGCAUCCAGCUCGUCCAAGCCGGCAUUCACACGCUCGUUGAGAAGCCUUUCUCGACCGACGUCGAGAGCGGCAGGGCGCUCUUGGCUGCAGAGGCGUCGUCCUCGGCCAAGAUUCUCAACCCGUACGUCGUCAACACGAAGAAGCUGCUUGACAACGGCAAGCUCGGGAACGUCCUCGCUGUUCAAGGAACCUGGGCUUGCUUGAAGCCCAUGUCCCACUUUGCCGCGCCAACAGAAUGGCGCCGGGAGAAAGGAACAGGCGGAGUUCUCAUGAUUAACCUCUCGCACGAAAUCGACUGCCUCCGCUACCUCUUCGGCAACAUCACCCGCGUCUACUGCGAAGUCGGCGCCUCAACACGCGGCUUUCCUGUCGACGAGACGGGCGCGGUGACGUUGCGUUUCGGAUCAGGUGUCGUCGGGACAUUCGGCGAGACGGUUUACACGGUCCUCGGCACUCAAGGCUCCCUCGCCUUCCCCUCACUCCAAGUCUGGCACUACCCCUCUCUCAGCGGAAGCUGGACCGACCCACUCAUCCGCUCCGACCCGCUUCCUCUCGACCCAACUCCACCCUUCACCCACCAACUCCGGCACUUUGUCGACGUCGUCGAGGGACGAGCAGAGCCGCGGUGUAGCGGGAGAGACGCUUUACAGACGAUUGCGACGCUCGAGGCGAUUGCGAAGAGUAUAGAGACGGGCUUGCCGGUUGAGGUUGAGCAGAUGUAG